UGCUCUCGUCACCAAGGCUGCGGAGGAGUCGUUAGCAGCGCCGCCUUGGCGGAAAGAUGGCGGCGGCCAUAGAGUGACCGGACGGCGGAGGCGCCAGGACCCGCUGCGGCCCGGAGAGGGAACGAUGAAGUGAUGGAUCAUGACACUCCAACCAUCAGGCCCCGCAGAAUCCAGAACCAGAACGUCAUCCACCGUCUGGAGCGCCGAAGGAUCAGCUCUGGUAAGGCCGGCACCCACUGGCACCAGGUCCGGGUCUUCCACCAGAAUGUCUUCCCCAACUUUACUGUGGUCAAUGUUGAGAAGCCGCCCUGCUUCCUGCGCAAGUUCUCCCCCGAUGGGCGCUACUUCAUUGCUUUCUCCUCGGACCAGACCUCCCUGGAGAUCUACGAGUAUCAGGGCUGCCAGGCAGCAGAGGAUCUCCUACAGGGUUAUGAGGGCGAGAUCUUGGCCAAUGGCAAUGACCAAAGAUCUGUUAACAUCCGUGGGCGGCUCUUUGAACGUUUCUUCGUCUUGCUUCAUAUCACUAAUGUGGCCUCCAAUGGCGAGCACUUGAACCGCGAGUGCAGUUUGUUCACAGAUGACUGUCGCUAUGUAAUCGUUGGCUCUGCUGCCUACCUGCCUGAGGAACCUCAUCCCCCAUUUUUUGAGGUUUAUCGCAACAGUGAGUCGGUGACCCCUAAUCCCAGGUCUCCUUUGGAGGACUAUUCUCUGCAUAUCAUAGAUCUUCACACAGGUAGACUGUGUGACACAAGGACAUUCAAAUGUGACAAAGUCAUCUUGUCUCACAACCAGGGCCUAUACCUGUAUAAGAAUAUCUUGGCUAUUCUCUCUGUGCAGCAGCAGACUAUUCAUGUCUUUCAGGUGACGCCUGAGGGCACAUUCAUUGAUGUACGGACUAUAGGUCGCUUCUGCUAUGAGGAUGAUCUCCUGACCCUGUCCGCUGUCUAUCCAGAAGUGCAGCGAGACACUCAGACAGGGAUGGCAAACCCGUACAAAGAACCCUUCAUAAAUUCUCUGAAACACAGACUGUUGGUGUACCUGUGGAGGAGGGCAGAGCAGGAUGGGAGUGCAAUGGCAAAAAGGAGGUUCUUCCAGUACUUUGAUCAGCUGAGGCAGCUGCGCAUGUGGAAAAUGCAGCUGUUGGAUGAGAGCCAUCUGUUUAUUAAAUACACCAGUGAAGAUGUGGUCACAUUGCGGGUGACAGACCCUUCACAGCCUUCAUUCUUUGUUGUGUACAACAUGGUGACCACAGAAGUUAUUGCUGUGUUCGAGAACACUUCGGAUGAGCUACUGGAACUCUUUGAGAACUUCUGUGAUCUCUUCAGGAAUGCCACCCUGCACAGCGAGGCUGUCCAAUUUCCCUGCUCAGCUUCCAGUAACAACUUUGCCAGACAGAUCCAGCGCCGGUUUAAGGACACUAUUGUGAAUGCAAAGUAUGGAGGGCACACAGAGGCUGUGCGGAGGCUGCUGGGUCAGCUCCCAAUCAGCGCUCAGUCCUACAGUGGCAGUCCUUACCUUGACCUCUCCCUCUUCAGUUAUGAUGACAAGUGGGUGUCAGUCAUGGAACGGCCAAAGACAUGUGGAGAUCACCCCAUCAGAUUUUAUGCCAGGGAUUCUGGCCUCCUGAAGUUUGAAAUCCAAGCAGGACUCUUGGGCCGACCCAUCAAUCACACAGUACGACGCUUGGUUGCAUUCACCUUUCACCCCUUUGAGCCCUUUGCUAUCUCGGUGCAGCGGACUAAUGCAGAGUAUGUUGUUAAUUUCCACAUGAGGCACAGCUGCACAUAGUACAAUACUGGGCUGGGACAGCUGUUGCCAUCAUGGACACACCAAAGCGGGACACUCAUGCCUUCUAGGAAACCAAACCAUUGCUCACCUAAGGAACCUGACGUGGAAGCCCUAACCAACCAGCAUUGUUCCCCAGCAUCUGCAGCUGGCACUUGCAAGCCAUUGAAAGAGAAUCCCAUUAUGCUUCUGAAGAAGCCAUCUUGAUCGGAAAUUAGUCUUGUGACCAUUUCUUUCUAUAGAUACCAUCCAGUUCAUAUUGCCAAAGCCCCUUGUUGCAUUAAAUCCUGUCUUUUCCCAUAACUAUUGGUGAACAAAAUGUAGCUGAGAAACCUUGCCUGUUUCCCCAAGAAGUGUUGUCUUUUCUCUUGCUUUGUCUGCUUUGUGAUAGCAAAGGCAGAGUUCUCCAAGACUCCUUCUGUACCAGUGCCCUUCCAUCUAGUCAAGACAAGUCGUCCAUCUUACAGAGCGAGAAUAGAAGCCAUGGUGGUGGGUUUUUUUUUUUAAAUUUGUACCUUCACUGUUAUGAGGAAAUGAAACUAGCUCUUGUGAUUCACACAGUGCACUCAAGCCAUAUCAAUAUGCAGGGUAUUAGGGGAGAAAGGUCUCUGUUAGUGGGGAGGUCUAGUAGUUAGAGCAGGUCACUGGAAGCAGGGGAGAUGAUUUCUGUUCCUGACUCUUAUGCAAGUCACUUAAUCUUUGUGCCUUAGUUUCCAACCGUAAAAUGAGGAUGUGACUGAGCCACCUUCUGUAAAGAACUUUGAGCCCCUCAGAUGAAAGGUGGCAAAGGGAGGGAAACCAGAACAGCUGACUGUAUGCCUAAUGUGUGAGCUGGUGGGUAGCUAGCAGCAGGAAUGCACGAGAGAGGCUUGGAACUUGAGAGCAGCUUUCUCUUUGGUGCCUCAGUUAGGGAAAAGCACUGCAUGGACCAGGAAUGUAUCCCCAGGGAUGUGUCGUCCUCUUCCCUCACCCUGUUUCUGCUGACAGGAUGGGAAAGAGCCAGCCCCAGUCUUUGGUGCACGCCAGGUACGUAAAUGUGGAGAAUGUCUGACUUGUGGCAUCCUUGUCUUUCCCAUGACUACUAUGUGAUGCCUCAAACUGUAAGGUUAUAGUCACCAGGGAUAACGGAGUUAGACCUGAGAGAGCUGAUUCCAUAGUGUCUGCAUCUGUUUGGCACUAGAAUGUUGCUGUACUUGCCUUUCCCCUGCAGUUAGAAGACAGCUAGGCUGGAUUUUGCACUGGGAGAAGGGGAGACUUGGAUUCAUGUGUAUUGCUGGGAGCUUGUAGCCGAAGGUUUGACUUUGCUGACUUAAUGCUGCCUGUCCUCUCCUGCUUUACACCCUAUUCUCUGUGAGAACUGGGGGUUAGGUGGUAAGGGGUGCCAAUGGGUGACUCCCUGGGAUUGAAGCACAUCUUGCUGGUGUGUUGCUGUAUACUUGAAGCAAGAUUGACUUCUACAUUGUCUGAGAUGUCUGCAAAAUGAGCUGCUGGACUUGAAUCCAGAAGAAGUGCACCUAAAUGCCUCUGGGUCUAAGCUAGUGCAGGCUUAUAAAAAUGCUGGCCCUGCCUUGAUCUGAAGACCACUUCAUUGUUUGCUGCAUUUGUACUACAAGGUAGCACAUAGGCUUUCUCAAAACGUGUGCAUACCAAAAAUGUGCAUGUUGCUAGGGAAUGUUGUCAUCUUAGGCAAACACGGGGCUGGUGAAAGGUGCUGGAUUGACACUGGAGACUGCUGUUCUCUGAUGCACAUGAUGGGCUGUGACAGGGCACUGUCCUUGAGGGCGCCCCCCUCGAAGGAAAGCCCUUCAGACUAAAAGCCCAUUCAUAUCUGCUGAAGGUACCAAAAAGGGGGCUAGUUGUGGUUAACGUUUUGGCCACUUGUCUGCUCAGAAAGUCCCGAGGUCACAAGCUCAUCUCACAUAUCACUGAAUAGCCAUCAGAUAAUCUUAUUUUUGUCACUAUUGACCUGGGCAAGGUUUGGAUACCUCACCUAGAUGUGACAGGCUCCACAUCCCACACCAGAUUCUUUGAGCCAUCCUGUCCUUUGGAUGUUUACAGCCCUCAGUGUAGUUCUUUUGCUCUAUCUUCCUUUCUUCUCUCCUCCCAAACAUAACCCCAUCUCAACACUAUAACGCAGUUUUUGUAUAAGGAUCUCAAAGCACUCUUACAAAAGUAUUGCUGCCAUUUUGCAGAUGGUGAAAUUGAGACUCAGAUGAAAUAAUUCAUAUGACCUUGUGUAAACUGAGUAUCGAAUUGACUUCCAGUUGUAACCAGUAGUCCAUCCGCAUCUGUGCAGGAUUGCUAAGGGCUUUCAAAGCCGGGCUAUGGAAAAUGUAGUCCUAGGGCAAGAAUACAUAUUUCUUUGUCUUCUUUCCCAGGGUAUUUGAGUUGAUGGGAAGUUUCUCGGGGCUGCAACAAAUGACUCCAGGUUGGGAGGCCGCUUGCUGGGGGAGGUGUCAGGACAUGCAUGCAGUAGUGCCUCAUUCCUCUCCAGCCCAGAACACUAUUUCAUGGUUUUAGAAUCUUUCACCUACAAUCUGUUUCUCAAAUUCUUUCUAUUAAAGCUCUGAGCAGGGAGUCUUCGCAUAUUGUCUCCUGCUUGAUAAAACACACUGUAUCUGAUAGAUAACUGAGUUAUCUGCUUCCUCUCUCACCAAAACUUCACUCUUCAUUACCCUUUUCCAUUGUUAAUGUAUCUUUCUGUCUUUCCCAAAAGUUCUCAGCAGUUCCCAUUAACUCCUUAAUGCCACAAGCUAGCAUUCCUUCACCCUGGAGCUCCAGAUGGGGUAGAGCCGUGCUUCAAAAUAUCUCCGCUUUCUGUUGAUACCGUUUCCUUUAAGUGAUAUAAGUAACAACCAUAUUCACAGCUCUGCCACUAAAUUGUGUAAUCUCAGGCGAGUCACUUCCCCUCCCUCUGCCUCAGUUUCCUUAUCUGUAAAAGGAGAUGAUGUGGACUCACUUUUGUAAAGCACUUUCAGUUCUGUGGAUGAAAAGUAUCAGGUAAGUGCUAAAUAUUGCUUUAAUGUGUUUCUGAAGGCACAGAUUGAUGGUUGUGAGGAGUAUGAAUGCCUUGGUGCAGCACUGUAGAUUCUAUGGCUGGGGCUGCUACAUUUUGUAUCUAGUGAAGGAUUUAGGUUACCACAGGAGUGUGUUGAAAGAAAAGCCUGUCUCAUUCUCAUGCUUGAAAUUUUGAUUCUUUUAUUUAAGAAACAAGAAGUGCGGGUGUAGGGGCGGGACAUAUAUUUUCUAUCUAAUAUUUUUACUAGGUUAGGAUGAAAACUUGUUAGCAACACAGGAUAAAUACCAGAAUAAAGAAGAACUUGUUUCAUGAGUCUGACUUGUAUCCUCUUUCCAAGAUCUCCUACCAGAUAUCAGUGGUAACUUAAAUCCUUUCAUUAAGAAAAAACAGGGUGCAUUUGUCUUGAGGAGUCAUGACCUAUAUGUGUAGGAGGGUCUGCAUAAGUCUAGGAUAUUAAUUCAUUGUGCUGAAGUUUCCCCUUAGAGCUGUUAAGAUGUCCAUACAAAUGAGACUGUAGGAGCAAUGGUGUGAGCUAAUGACAAAGGUGGGACGCACUUCUCUCUUCCACUUUGGUGUUCAAGUUGCCAGCCCAACUUGUGAACAUAGACUUUUUCCUUCUGCCUGUUCCUAAGGCCUCAUCCUAUGGCUAUUUUAUCUCCUUUCCCCGAGACAUUAACACAGGGGCGGUCAAACUUUUUGGUCUGAGGGCUGCAUUGGGUUUCGGAAAUUAUAUGGACGGCCAAUUAGAGGAGGCUGUGCCUCCCCAAACAGCCAGGCAUGGCCUGGCCCCCGCCCCGUGCUUCUUGCCCCCUGACACUCCCCGCCCUGGGACUCCUGCCCCAUCCAACCCCCCUGUUCCCUGAUGGACCACCCAGGACCCCUGCCCCAUCCACCCCACCUGCGCCCUGUCCCCUGGCCGCCCCAGAACCCCCCGCCCCUGACUGCCCCCCGCCGCCCCAUCCAACCCCUCCUCUCAUUCCUGACUGCCCCCCCAGGACCUCUGCCCCAUCCAACCAUCCCUUCUCCCAGUCCCCUGACUGCCCCCUGCCGCCCUUGAACCCCACCCCCAUUCCCCACCCUCUGACCUCCCUGACUACCCCUCCCCUCCGAACUCCCCUGCCCUCUAUCCAACCCCCCCCCCCGCUCCCUGCCCCCUUACUAUGCUGUCUGGAGCACCAAUGGCUGGCAGCGCUACAGCCACGUAGCUCUGCAGCUACGCUGCCCCACCGACCAGAGCAUUGUGCCGGCGAUGCAGCGAGCUGAGGCUGUGGGGGAACAGCACGGGAGGGGCCAGGAGCUCAGGGGCCAGGCAGGACGGUCACGUGGGCCAGAGUUUGCCCACCUCUGCAUUAACGUGAAAGUUAAGCCAAUGUGAGUGGCUUUGCAGGGCUGUCACCAACUCUUUUUACUGUGGGCCUGUCAUAAAUAUAAAGGGAAGGGUAAACACCUUUAAAUCCCUCCUGGCCAGAGGAAAAACCCUUUUAUCUGUGAAGGGUUAAGAAGCUAGGAUAAAUUCGCUGGCACCUGACCAAAAUGACCAAUGAGGAGACAAGAUGCUUUCAAAGCUGGAGGGGGGGAGAAACAAAGGUUCUCUCUGUCUGUGUGUUGCCUUUGCCGGGACCAGAGCAGGAAUGCAGGUCAAAACUCCUGUAAAGGGCUAAUAAGCAAUCUAGUUAGAUAUGCAUUAGAUUCUGUUUUGUUUAAAUGGCUGAUAAAAUAAGUUGUGCUGAAUGGAAUGUAUAUUCCUGUUUUUGUGUCUUUUUGUAACUUAAGGUUUUGCCUAGAGGGAUUCUCUCUGUUUUGAAUCUGAUUACCCUGUAAGGUAUUUACCAUCCUGAUUUUACAGAGGUGAUUCUUUUACUUUUUCUUCAAUUAAAAUUCUUCUUUUAAGAA